AUGGGCGCAAAUCAAACCCCGCUCCUACCUGAACGUGGCAGGAUCGAUGCCAAACGCCAAAGGUACCGAAGAAGGGACACAAAGGAGGGCGAAAAAGCGUGGACGCUGAUAACCGGCCGCAUUCGUCGUGAUUGCUACCGAGAUGGUGGAACGACCAAGAAUUCUUCGGGACUCCUACGACUGUUCGGCAAAGCUUGCUCACCGCGGCCUGUCGCAGUCUGUCGCAACGUUCGUGAAUCACUCCUCAAUGAUACGCUCGACAUCGUGCCAUCGCUUAGCUUGUGGCUCUCCAUCGCGGCUGUUCCGAAUGGUUCCUUCGGAAGCACACCGACGAUCUGGGAACAGUGA